UUGACACUAGCUGCUUUGGUCACUUCAGCAGACAAUCGCAACUGCAGGAAGAAGCGCUAUGCAUCUCUCGGGAGGCUCGUAUUUUAUCUUUGGAGUCUGCCUAACUGUAUUAGUCACAUUGACAUCGACUGCAAAAUUCUGUGGAAAACCACCUGCAGCGCCAAAACCAGGAGGGAAACUAAAAUUCUCGCCUUCUUCUCGUAGCAAUAAACGCAUCAAAGGCGGCACAUCGGUAAAGUACAGUUGCAAAUCAAACUACGAAUUGAGAGGAACAAAACGGAGAAUAUGUAUGAAUGGUAAAUGGAUUCCCUCAGAAAAGAAAAAGACUAAAUGUAUUCUCAUCGGCUGCGGCAAUUUGCCUCUCACUAAUGCAAUAGCCUCGACAUCUCGUCCAGGUCCUGUUUAUCCAUUUGGUACAAAAGCAUCAUACAGUUGCAAGAAGGAUUAUAACUUCACCGGAUCUCGCAUAAUUCGCUGUCUAGAGACAGGAAAGUGGUCUCCGCUUGACAAUAUUCCCCGGUGCAUAGAUUUGUACCCUUGCGGACUUCCUCCUCCUGCACCUCAACCAGGCGGUAACUCGACUGUGACGAGCGACAGCAGGCUUAAAUUUCCCAUAGGUUUUCGCGUCAAUUACACGUGCCCGACAGGAUUUGGCCUAGAUGGAGUGCCAUAUCGAAUCUGCCUAAAAGACGGAUCUUGGAACCCAAACACAAGGAAGCACACAUGCAUUGAAGGUUUACUUACUUGUCCUGAUCCAGGCAUUCCAGACAAUGGUUAUAUUAUAGCCACUUCCUUUGCAGUAAAUCAUAUGGCAUCGUUUGGGUGCAAUACCGGAUACGAAAGAUUAGGAUCUGUUUGGAGAAUGUGCACAAAAUCAAAUGCAAAGAACCCUUUCUGGGAUGGACAACAGAUUGAAUGUAUAGAUCUUUUCGAGAACCCGGACGUGCUUGCUGCUCGGUUUCGAGAGUCGUUUAUCGAUAGAACAAUAUCGUGUCCAAGAUCUAUUCAAAAGAAUAUUGUUCCCAGAUUGACGAUAGAACUAAAUCUAGCUGACACCCCUCGAUCAACAUACCAAGGUCAAAUGACUAUGGUUCCCAGCUUGACGAUAGAACCAAAUCUAGCUGACACUCCUCGAUCAACAUACCAAGGUCAAACGACUAUGGUUCCCAGCUUGACGAUAGAACCAAAAAUAGCUGACACUCCUCGAUCAACAUACCAAGGUCAAACGACUAUGGUUCCCAGCUUGACGAUAGAACCAAAAAUAGCUGACACUCCUCGAUCAACAUACCAAGGUCAAACGACGAUGGUUCCCAGCUUGACGACAGAACCAAAUCUAGCUGACAUUUCUCGAUCGACAUGCCAAGGUAGAACGGUAGUCUUGGGGGAGGGAUGCGUAGACCUUAUCUUCGCUGUCGAUACCUCACUCAGUGUCGCGGUAAAGGGUUUCAAAGAAAGCAUCGAUUUUGUAGCUACAAUUCUUCGUCUUUUUGAUCUAAGUCUUGGGACGGAAAGAGUAUACUUUAUAACUUAUGACGUAGAAGUUAAAGUAUAUUUUAGGUUUAGUAAUACUAUCACAACAGCAGAGGCAUUGGAAAUAGUAAAGAACGCAAUUUUCACUGGCGGAUCAACUUCCGUAAAUGUUGCAUUUGAUUAUAUUGUGGACGUCAUACUAUCAGAAGCGAGGAAUGACUGCAAGAUAGCUUUGUUUCUCUUGUCAGACGGGCAGAAUAAUUGGGGAGGUAAUCCGGAAACAAAAGCCACAGAACUAAAAACAACUUCUAAUGUAGAAAUCUACACAAUUGCUAUUGGAGAAUCCCAAAAAGGAUGGGACUCACUAAAACGAAUAGCGUCAGGGCAUGAUAACUUUUACGCUGUAAGAGAACCUGGAGACAUAGAGAAGUUUGCUAGAAAAGCUGUUGAAGUACCCCUAGAGUAUGGAAAACAGUGUGGUAGAACGGCAGUCAAGGAGAAGAAAUGCAGGGACCAACUAGACGAUCAUUGCAGAAGUAGUUUAGGAGCAUGGCCGUGGAUGGUGGGAAUUUACGCUUUGGGUAAAGGCAAGAACAAAAAGGAAACUAUGAUUUGUGGAGGUGCACUCAUAGGCAACUGUCACGUGCUUACAGCGGCACAUUGCCUUAAGCCCGACAAUAACACUGCAUACAAGAAAGACGACGUGCUGGUUGUUGUUGGUAACACUGAUCGAUUGGUAGACGAAAAGACCGAGGAUACACAUAAAGUUGACGAAAUUUUGAUUCAUCCUUCAUACAGUCCUAUCACGUUGGAUUACGAUAUUGCAAUACUCAAACUAAGUUGCAACGUUAGCUACAACCAUUACGUAAGAAAAGUUUGUAUGCCUGACUGUAACAAGACAACAGAUCUGUACAAAACAGGCAAAAAGUGCACAGCAGCCGGAUGGGGAGCCACUGACUACCAGGAAGGAGAAGCUUUCCAUUUGUCGACGCAUCUGCACCACAUUGAACUACCAGUUGCAGAUAAGGAGGCGUGCAAAGAACUUUCUGAAUAUCCAAUUACACCCAGGAUGUUUUGUGCUGGGGAUGCAUCAGGGGAGAAGGGCGUGUGCAAAGGUGACAGUGGAGGCCCUUUGUUUUGUAAAACAGAAAGUGAACUCGGAUGGGUGUUGACUGGAGUUGUCAGCUGGGGAGAAGGAUGCAAGCGAGCUCGAAAGUAUGACAUCUUUACUAAUGUCUGCAAUAACGAAAUCAACUCUUGGAUAAAUGAGAAAAUAGAACAGCACUCGUGCAGACUUUGCGUCGAUGAGUCCGACUGCAGCUGCCAGGACAGGCCAUCAAUUCAUGUGGUCUAAUCCAAUCAACUUCCCGUGGAGUAUUUCUCAAAGAACGGGCAUUAGUUUAGGCAUAAGAACGAAAGACAGUGAUUGACACAGUCAUAGUUAGUUCACUGUUUUGUACUACUGACGUGUUGCAUUAUAUAAUGCUUCAUUGAUUGCAUGCAUGUUCGCAACAAUCACAAAUUGCUGUUGUUGAAAAAAAGAGUUUUAGCUGUA